CGGGCCCGCGCAACGACAGCGCCGGGAGGGGUCGCACGGCGCCGGGCGCUGCGGGACGGAGCGCGGGGGCCGCGAAGCCUGGGCAGCGCCGCCAGCCCGCUCCCGGCCAGCGCGGGCGGGCCCCGGGACCCCCGUCCGGAAAUUUAAAUGUCUUCAGAAGACAAAGAAGCUCAGGAGGACGAGCUGCUGGCUUUGGCUAGCAUAUAUGACGAAGAUGAGUUCAAGAGAGCCGAGUCCGCCCAAGGAGGAGAAACAAGAAUUUGUCUGGAGUUACCCCAAAACUUCAAAGUAUUCGUGAGCGACAGUUCCCCGGAGAACCUGCAGAGCGGUGGGUUUGAGUACACCGUUUGCUUUCUGCCUCCCCUCGUGCUGAAUUUUGAGCUCCCACCAGACUACCCGUCAACCUCCCCACCGGCGUUCACCCUCAGUGGGAAAUGGCUCUCCCAGGCCCAGCUCAGUGCUCUUUGCAAACACUUGGACAAUGUAUGGGAAGAGAACCGAGGCUGUGUGGUCUUAUUUGCCUGGAUGCAGUUUCUGAAGGAAGAAACACUGAAUUACCUGAAUAUUUCCUCCCCAUACGAGCUAAAACUGUGCUGUCCAGGGAGCGGGCAGAGCAGGACACCUUUGGUCCCUCUUGACAGCGAGGAUAGUGGUGGUGCAGCAGGCUGUGCCGCAGCCAAAGAAGAAGUCAUUGAUGCAAGGGCUGUACAGGAUGUGGAAUCAUUGUCGAGUCUGAUUAGGGAAAUCUUGGACUUUGAUCAGGCUCAGAGGAGGAAGUGCUUUAACAGUAAGAUGUACUUGUGCAAUAUCUGCUUCUGUGAGAAGCUGGGUAGUGAGUGUAUGUACUUCAUCGAGUGCAGCCACGUGUACUGCAAAGCCUGCCUGAAGGACUACUUUGAAAUACAGAUCAGGGAUGGUCAGGUCCGCUGCCUCAACUGCCCGGAACCGAAGUGUUCUUCUGUUGCUACUCCUGGCCAGGUGAAAGAGCUGGUUGGAGAGCAGCUGUUUGCGCGCUAUGACCGCCUGCUUCUGCAGUCCAGCCUGGACCUGAUGGCGGAUGUAGUGUACUGCCCCCGCCCGGGCUGCCAGACACCGGUCAUGCAGGAACCGGGCUGCACCAUGGGCAUGUGUUCCUGUUGCAACUAUGCUUUUUGUACCCUCUGCAGGAUGACUUACCAUGGGGUCUCUCCGUGUAAAGUCACCGCAGAGAAAUUAAUGGAAUUGCGAAAUGAGUAUCUAGAAGCAGAUGAGGCAGGUAAAAGAUUUUUGGAACAACGCUAUGGCAAACGGGUGAUUCAGAAAGCCCUUGAGGAGAUGGAGAGUAAGGAAUGGCUAGAAAAGAACUCAAAGUCUUGCCCUUGCUGUGGGACUCCUAUAGAGAAACUAGAUGGCUGUAACAAAAUGACGUGCACUGGCUGCAUGCAGUAUUUCUGCUGGCUUUGUAUGGGUUCUCUGUCAAGGGUGAACCCAUACAGGCACUUCAACGAUCCAUCUUCCCCAUGCUUUAACAGAUUGUUUCAAGCCAUGCAUAUUGAUGUCUGGCAUGUAUAUGGCAGCACAGGUUGUGUGUGGGACAGCUCUACUUUGCGUCUGGGUGAUGAUCGCUUCUAGCCCACAUCUGCUACAGGGCCAAGGCCCUCGUGCACGUGGUCGUCCAUAGAAUGAUGCCGACCAGACCUGGCUUGCACAAAGCUCUCAAGUGAAGCUGGCAGAGGACGUGUUCAACUGAUAAAUAUUUGGACAUUUAUGUAUGCAGAGUGCCCUCUGACCCAUGAGCCCUCAUUUCCUUUCGGAGGUACGAGCCCCUAACUCCUACGUGGUGCCAUCGUUGACGUUGCUCUGCGGUCACUGCACUGGAUGUAGCCAGCUCUGAGCUGCGAUCCCCAGUCAUUUCCACUCUGGCCACAAUUUUAACUCUACAGGCUGAAUCCAAAAGCUGCCUGCUUUCAGGAGGAGCUUCUUCCUGCUGAACUGCUUUUGUGGGCAGAUGGGCAAUGUCUGUGACACGGGGUGUGUGCUUAAACCCCGUUGUCCUGCCUGGGUGGAGGAUGGAUCUCUUAACCCUACAGGAGGCUGGGCAGGUCCCCGAUGCCAGGGGGUACACUGGGAUGAAAAGCUGUGGCUGGGGAUGUCUGCCAGAGCGUAAGUGCUACAGUGAAGUAUUUGAAGAUGUUGCAGUGAACUACCUCUGCUUUUCAAGAACUUUGGAGAGAGAAGGAACAGUGAUGUAGUCACCACUGUGUCUGUGAACUCUGGGCACUUGGGGACCCCUGGGCUGGAGCUCCUACAUUCUGCAGUGAGGCAGAAGGGGAUAGACCCUCUGAAGAGGGGACAAUCAGCUGGUGUCGCAAAGGUAGGACAGCUAAAACCAGAACCUGUCUUUACAGGCAGACAGCAUGGUGGGCAACUCUGGUAACGUGCUGCAGUUUCUUCAGGGUUUGGGGGGUUUCCCCCUCUUGCAGACCUCACUUUCUCCAUUUCUGUGCAUGCACCAGCAGCAUUAGAUUAUUUGCAGACACUGUGGUACUAGGUAGAGAGCUGUCACCCCCUCCUUUCUCCAUCAGGGAUCCCCACUUUUUUACAUGAAAUGGCUGCUGCUGGCAGGACAGAACCAUAGCAGGUGUUCGGUGGAAACCUGCCAGCAGACUGGACAAAGCAGGCAGCUCUCGAAGCAGGGAGCAGCAGCAGCUAUGUCUACCAAACUGCUUUCAAUACAGCUUUGCUUCUAGGCAACAGAGAAACCUUGUGCAAGCUACGAGGUCUUUCUCAUGCUCUGAAGGUUGUGGUGGUCUGUUCAAAGAUGGUAUUCCAAGUCCUUCCUGUUCAGCCACAAACGGUCCAGUCAAUGUAACCAUUAAAAAAAAAAAAAGACAUUUAGUGUAGAAAGUUACAUUAAAGAUCGAAAGCUUACAAAAUUUCUGCAUAAAUAAAUGCUGCCUUGUUUGUCUUGCUCCUCAUGUGACUGUAUUUGAUAGGAAACUCGGGAAUCGAGUUUCAGAACUGGUGGGUUUUUGCCAAUACAGGCUGUUGUCCACCUGUGUGGGGCUUCUGUAAUUAAACACAGGCUGAAGCCAGGGGGAACAGGGUGGUUUUUUGAGGGUUAUAUGGCAUGUACUUG